AUGGGUGCAGCAGAAUCAUCGAUGUUUAAUUCCUUGGAAAAGAACUCAAAUUUUUCCGCUCCUGAAUUAAUGAGAUUGAAGAAAAGGUUUAUGAAACUUGAUAAAGACGGUUCAGGUUCAAUUGAUAAAGAUGAAUUUUUACAAAUCCCUCAAAUCGCAAAUAACCCUUUGGCUCACAGGAUGAUUGCUAUUUUCGAUGAAGACGGAAGUGGUACAGUAGAUUUCCAAGAAUUCGUAGGAGGUUUAAGUGCUUUUAGCAGUAAAGGUGGUAGGGAUGAGAAAUUGAGGUUCGCUUUCAAAGUAUACGAUAUGGAUAGAGACGGCUAUAUCUCAAAUGGUGAAUUAUAUUUGGUGUUGAAGCAAAUGGUAGGAAAUAACCUUAAAGAUCAACAACUUCAACAAAUCGUUGAUAAAACAAUAAUGGAAGCUGAUAAAGAUGGUGACGGGAAAUUAUCUUUUGAGGAAUUCACAAAUAUGGUAGCUAGCACAGACAUCGUCAAACAAAUGACUCUUGAAGAUUUAUUCUAG